CUUAUUUUAGUGAGCGCAUUGACAUUUUAAUUUUUGCACUGGAAAUCGGUGCGAUAUUGGUAUUAACUGGUAUUGGGGAAGCCAAUCCGUAUGAUUUCUUCAGAAAUGGCGAAGUUUCAAGUUUUUCUUCUACUUUGUGACAUUAUCUUUAUUACGGUAGCUUCACAAUCCAUCGGCAAUUCCUCCAUCACUUCAACGAAAUCAAUCAUUGGUGUCCCAAUCAGCCCAUCGGCGUCGUCUUUUUGGCCCGGGGGCGUCAUUCCUUAUGUCAUCGACCCCUCUUUCGAUGCUACGGACAGGUCCUCUUUGCAACAAGCUAUUAGCGAUUAUCACAAGAAAACAUGCAUCAGAUGGGUCUCUCGGCGUUCGAAUGAUGCAGCAUUCGUACGUUUUGAACGAAACAAAAACGGAGCUGGUUGUGCUUCAUCGGGGAAUUGUUACUCGGGUGGCGAAAUUGUCUCCACGUUCGAAAAAUGCGCCGCAUGGGACACCAUGGUUCACGAGAUGGGGCACACAUUAUGUUUCGGGCACGAGCAGAGUCGUGCCGAUCGGGACGAUUUCAUCGUGUCUUGCGGACAAGGACAAUAUGAACAUUUGAAUCUAGGACAUUUGUACGAUUACAGGAGCAUCAUGCAUUACAAGUGUGACGAUUGUAUGAAACCCAAGAUGGACGGGGUGUAUCAAGAUCAAUGCGGAGGUUUGUCUGGGUUAUCGAUACUCGAUGCGGAGAAGCUAAAUGAUAUCUAUGAUUGUAAAGGAUGCAUGUCCUACCGGUUCAGAUUUCCACAUCAGCUAAAUUCAUCUAGCAACCUUGUCCAAGGCGGGGCGGAACCCAAUGGGGAUCCACUUUAUCCAUGCAGAGCGUACAUUAAAGGUGACAUCGCCCCAGGCAAGAGUAUCAACCGAGGAAAUGGUGAUUGGUCCUGCUACGUCAGCUGGGGUGGAGACGAGUAUGAAAUUAAGAACAAGGAACAAUUUGAAGUUCUCACAAAUCCGAGGAAAGCUAACUUGAACUGGCGAAAGGGUUGUAGUGGAUCAUCGUCUACGCCAGGCAACGCCAUUGCUGGGGGAAGGACGACAAACUCUGAGCCCUUGUACGUCUCGAGAUGUCGAGGUGGGGCACCUGGAAGUAAUGCCCUCACACCUGCAAAACUUCACGGAAAUUCUGCAUAUUACUCGUGGGGUGGGCAUGAAUACAAAUGUGAAGAUUUCGAUAUUCUUGUCUGCUCCUAAAUUGUAGAAUUUGAGAAACACUUACGUAUUAAAGGAAUUCAUUUUCUUGGGAUUUAUAAAUGUUUUAUGGGCUGUUUUAUGAUAAAAUAAAAUACUUCCAUGUUCAUCUGUA